AUGGUAUUUGCCCGUGUUGCUUCGCGCUCUCUGCGCCCCUCCUCCUUCUCCUCACUUGCUUCAGCUUCCCCACAGUUUACCUGUCGCGCCGCACAGCCAUGCCUCCGUUCAACAAUUGCAAAACGUACACUGACAGCUUCUGCUUCUCGUCAGGGCAAAGUACUUCUCGUUCUCUACGAUGGCCAUCAACACGCCAAAGACCAACCUCGCCUUCUCGGUACCACAGAGAAUGAACUAGGUAUUCGAAAAUGGCUCGAAGACCAAGGACACACUCUUGUCACCACCUCAGACAAGGAGGGUGAGGGUUCCGAGUUUGACAAGCACUUGGUGGAUGCCGAGGUCAUCAUUACCACUCCUUUCCACCCUGGUUAUCUCACCGCUGAGCGCCUUGCAAAAGCCAAGAACCUCAAGAUCGCCGUCACCGCCGGUAUUGGCUCUGAUCACGUUGACCUCAACGCUGCCAACAAGACCAAUGGCGGUAUCACCGUCGCCGAGGUCACCGGCAGCAACGUCGUCUCGGUCGCCGAGCAUGUCGUCAUGACCAUCCUCGCCCUUGUCCGCAACUUCGUGCCUGCUCACGAGCAGAUUGAGCGAGGUGAUUGGAACGUGGCUGCUGUGGCCAAGAACGAGUUUGAUCUCGAGAACAAGGUUGUCGGGACCGUCGCUGUUGGACGUAUCGGAGAGCGCGUCCUCCGUCGCCUCAAGCCUUUUGACUGCAAAGAAUUGCUUUACUUCGAUUACCAACCCCUCAAGCCCGAGGUUGAGAAGGAGAUCGGCUGCCGAAGAGUCGAAGACUUCGACGAGUUCUUGGGCCAGUGUGAUGUUGUCACUAUCAACUGCCCCCUGCACGAGAAGACCCGUGGUCUCUUCAACAAGGAGGUCCUCAACAAGAUGAAGAAGGGUGCCUGGCUCGUCAACACCGCCCGUGGCGCCAUUGUCGUCAAGGAAGAUGUCGCCGAGGCCCUCAAGACCGGUCAGCUCAACGGCUACGGAGGUGACGUCUGGUUCCCUCAACCCGCACCCGGUGACCACCCACUCCGAACUGCCAAGAACCCAUGGGGAGGCGGCAACGCUAUGGUCCCCCACAUGUCUGGUACCUCCAUCGAUGCCCAAGAACGAUACGCCGCAGGCACCAAGGCCAUCUUGGAGAGCUACUUCUCCGGCCGAGAAGACUAUAGACCUGAAGAUCUCAUCGUGCACAAGGGUGACUAUGCCACCAAGGCUUAUGGCCAGAGGAACAAGAAGUAA